AUGGGCAUUGCAUUCUUCUUGGACCCAGCUCAGGACCCUAAUGGUUUUGUUGGCAAAGAUCGAAAGAAUAGCAAGAAGCAGAUCCGCAAGAUGGCGAAGAGACUGGGUUACACACUGGAGGAAGUUGAUCAAGCAUAUCACGAAGCCGGCGUAUUCUGGAAUUUGAAGCGGGAUUGGACGCCCAAGCAGCGCCGUAUUGAGUCCCGUUCUGCACCUCUAGAGUGGUGGGGCGACGAGCGCGACUCUUAUCCAGUCCUGUCUCGGAUAGCGCGCCGAGUGUUCACGAUGCCGACAUCGUCAGCGGCUUCGGAAAGGAACUGGAGUGCUCACAAGUUCGUCUACUCGGAUCGACGAGUUAACCUUGGCCUGGACAAAAUCAACAUGCUGAUUUCCAUGUACUGGGAUCGACUGGAGAAGAAGCCGCUUCCAAGAGUUAUCUUCAACUCCACAACUCUACAGACGGCAGUAACCAGUGAAGGUGACGACGACGAAGAGGAGAACAGGAUUCACUACGAAGCCCACGACUCAGAUGGGGAGGAGAAUUACGAGCAUGAAGUCUUAGCUCAAGCGAUGACGAUGAUGAAUUGGACGACGAACAGCAGAAGGACCCAGAAAAAGCCAAGGCAAUCAGAUUGGCCCAAGAAAACCUGGACUACUUCCUUCAUGAUACCUUCGACUACCAGGCGAGUAAGUUUUGAGUACGACUUUGAUGUUUGGCGAGUAAAUUUUUGA